UCGAGUGAAGUGCGAACUCACACUUAUCCAGAAAAAGUCCACGUUUUCCUCAGUUUUUGGCGAAUUUCUCUGAUAAUAUGGCGGACGACGCUUGGGCUCAAGCCGCGGACUCACAGGAGAGCAGCCAGCUGACGGAAAAGUUGAAGGAUGUAAAGAUAGACCCUGAGAAGAAGACACCAGAAGCAGCAGCAGGAGGAUCAGGAGACGGGGAUGACAAGGCAGCGGGGAGUUCCACCUCAGGGGCGGGGAGUUCUGCAGAGGCUAACGGGGAGAAACCUGAAGAUGGCGACGAAAAGGCUCCCAGUCCUGAGGAGGUGUCGUUCCUUAGGAAAGUCUUACGAGAACGUCUUGUGCAGAAUAAAAACGAGGUGGAGAUCAUGCAGAAGGACCCCAACUCUCCGCUUUACUCUGUCAAGAGCUUUGAGGAACUCAACCUUCCCCCUGACCUGCUGAUGGGAGUGUACCACAUGGGGUUCAACGCUCCCUCCAAGAUCCAGGAGACAGCCCUGCCCAUGUUACUGGCAGAUGAUAAAACCAACAUGAUCGCCCAGUCCCAGAGUGGUACAGGAAAGACAGCUGCCUUUGUCCUGACCAUGCUCAGUAGAAUUGACACCAAGAAACCUUACCCUCAGGCGUUGUGUCUGGCGCCGACCAUGGAGCUGGCCCUGCAGAUUGGCCAGGUGGUGGAACAGAUGGGGAAGUACAUGGAGGGGUUAAAGGUCGCAUACGGGGUCAGAGGAAACAAGGUUGCACGUGGACAGAAGCUGAAUGACCACAUCAUCAUCGGCACCCCCGGCACAGUGUUGGACUGGUCCCUGAAGCUGCGUGUUCUGGAGCUGAAGAAGGUGGAGGUGUUUGUACUGGACGAGGCUGACGUCAUGAUCGCUACACAGGGACAUCAGGACCAGAGCAUCAGAAUACACAAAAACCUGAGUAGGUCCUGUCAGAUGCUGCUGUUCUCUGCGACCUAUGAUGACCCCGUCAUGGCAUUCGCACAGGUGGUUGUGCCAGACCCAGUUAUCAUCCGGCUGCGUCGGGAAGAGGAGAGUCUGGACAACAUUAAACAGUACUACGUCACGUGUGAGAACCGGGACGCUAAGUUCCGCGCUCUCUCCAACAUCUACGGUGUGGUGUCUAUAGGACAGUGUAUGAUCUUCUGUCAUACAAGGAAAACAGCAGCAUGGCUUGCGGAGAAGAUGAAGGGAGACGGACAUGCGGUCGCCCUGCUGACAGGAGAACUGAUGGUGGAACAGAGAGUCGCUGUCAUCAACCGCUUCAGGGACGGCAAGGAGAAAGUACUCAUCACUACCAACCUGUGUGCCAGAGGUAUCGACAUAGAACAAGUCACGCUGGUGGUGAACUUUGACAUCCCUGUGGACCAGUACGGGCAGCCGGACUGCGAGAACUACCUGCACCGUAUCGGACGGACGGGGCGGUUUGGGAAGACCGGUCUCGCCAUCAACAUGGUGGACGGUCCGCGCUCCAUGUCCCAGCUAGGCAAGAUCCAGGACCACUUUGGGAAAAAGAUCGCCAAGCUGGACACAGAAGAUGCAGAAGCAAUUGAAACUGCAGUAGGAGAGCAGGAAUAGAGAAACAAACAUUGGUGUAAUACCCUCCUGUCACCACUACUAUAGAAUAGUAAACAACUCUAGAGACAACAAAUGAUGUGCAUUGUUGUAGAUGUUCAAGUCUUCCCGUGUAUAACUGAGACUAAAACUUUUUUUCUUUGCACAAUGUGCAAUUUACAAGUCAUAUUUUAUAUUGAAAAUUGUUUGUUAAAAGCAACUGAGCUCUCUUGGAAUGCUUUGCCCAAAAUAGUGUUUCUUUGGCCCUGUAAGUAUUCAGAGCAAGCCAAGUGGGACAUUAGUGACAUCUGUGACCCAUGAAAAGUUUUUUUUUGUCUAAAAACUACAAACUAGGUAGGUGUUAAACUAUCCAGAGUUGAAUGUGCACAGACAAGUUAGAUUUCUGUGUUUGUUCCUCUGUAACUCUUAUCAUUAGCUAACCUUUAAGCAGAAUUCUGGGAGAUUCAAAGAAGGAAACAGAGCAAAGCCAAAACAAAGAUACUAAAAAUAAAACACAGCUAGAACAAAGAUAUUAAAAACUUAAACACAGCCAAAACAAAGAUGUGAAAGACAUCCAAUGCAGUUUCAAGGUGACAAACCUAGAUUUUCAAAAUCAACUUUCUGCUUAUCGUUUAAUGUAGUAAGUUAAAUUAAUUCAAUAGUAUCUCAUAGCAUACUGGUAUCUGAAGAAAAAUAUGAUGUUGCUGACGGAAAACGGUUGCUUGUUUGGUAUUGCAGGCUGGUUCUAGAUAUUUAUUGGUGGUACCUAAAAAUAAAGGGACUCCUCACAUAGCUUGUUUUGAAAUUUUUUUUAAAUGCGUCAAAUGAUUAUAAAACGGUGCUUAGAAAUGGCAAUGUCAAUAUAGGACAGAUUUCCUCAUGCAAAAUAUUUUUGUUUGCUGCCCUGAAAUACCAUUGGAUGCCUUUAAUACAAAGGUACAUGUAAGUCGUAAUAACACCAUAUCAUAAAUAAGGUAAGGUAGUGUGCCUAAAAGUGUUUUAAUUGUUUAUAAGUUACAGGUUUAGUGUUGAUGUAAUAGAUGAAAAUACAAACUACUAAAAUAUGUGAGGACACAUAGUUAAUGUUAUGUUGCGGGUUGAAAUACUUAGUAUACACAUACUUAGUAUUUACUUUGAUUUGGUAACUGUCAUAUAUGUUUUAUACACUUUUAUAAAGUGAUGUUUGUUCACCAAAAGUGUCAUUACCAAAAGAAUAUAAAAGAUUAUAUUAUUAUGGAAAAAAUUGUUAUGCGAAAAAGAUUUGUGUGAAAGUAAAAAGAUGUUUGUGUAGAUAUUGGCAUGCAUGGAAAGUGAGAAUAAAAACAGUAUUAUGUAAAAAAAGCCACUAUUUGAAAUAUUUUGUGAAAUUCCAAUGCUUGUGACCUAAAAACGGGUAGAUAGCCCAACUUAACUUGGUGCAAUAAAAUAUCACAUUCUGAUGUUUCGAUAAACUGUAAAUUACGUUAUCUAAAUUGGUAUUUUUGAUAAGAUCUGCUUGAAGCUGAAGCUUAAACUUUGUAAGAAAAAAAAGUGAAAGAAAAGGACUAACUUCUAUAGAUAUCACUAGGUCUAUAAUAUAAAGUUAUAAACUUUGUUUUACUGAAGAUGUUUUUUUUGCUUGGUAAACUAAAAGUAUGCUGUAGCUGUACUUCUAGGAGUAACUUUGCUUUUAUAGUCUUAGACUACUUGAACACUUAGACUGUCUUGUUGGUUUCUUGAAAUGUAUAGAAGUAUGUACUAGUAACUGUAAAACACAUGUACGUAUAAGCAAGUGGUCAGUGGUAGUUGUGUUAAGCAUAACGUUUAUGUGGCUAGAUACCCAAUAACUAGUAUAGUGUAACAUGUAUAGCCCAUAGCUUGUUAUAGGUGGAAUAAAAAAAGAUUUACCAGUA